GCAUUUUAUCAGCAAGCUUCUGUGUCACCGGGGCCCUGUUGCUGCUCCCCAGGCUUCAUGCUGUGUCACUGAGCUGCCAGGCCAGGGUGAGCCUCAGGGAAUCACACCCAGUCUUUCCUUAAUGAACACACAUCACCAGGCAAAAUGGGCGGCAAUGGCACAAGUGAUACAACCGACAACUGCAAUAACACGAAUGUAACAUUCCAGUACUCCCUGUAUGCUAUCACAUAUAUCGUGGUCUUCAUCCCUGGCCUUCUGGCCAACAGUACAGCGCUCUGGGUCUUGUGUCGCUUCAUCAGCAAGAAGAACAAGGCCAUCAUCUUCAUGAUCAAUCUGUCUGUGGCUGACCUUGCCCAUGUUCUCUCACUGCCACUGCGGAUCUAUUACUACAUCAACCACCACUGGCCCUUCCCAAGGUUCCUGUGCCUUCUCUGCUUCUACCUGAAGUACCUCAACAUGUAUGCGAGUAUCUGCUUCCUGACAUGCAUUAGUCUGCAGCGCUGCUUCUUCCUUCUCAAGCCCUUCAAGGCCCGAGACUGGAAGCGCAGAUAUGAUAUGGCCAUCAGUGCUACCAUCUGGGUUGUUGUUGGGACUGCCUGCUUGCCCUUUCCCAUUGUGAGAAGUGUUGUUCUGGCCAACAAGUCCCAAGAUGCUUGCUUUGCUGACCUGGGAUACACACAGAUGAAUGUGGCACCCUCAGUGGCAAUGAUCAUAAUGGCUGAGCUGGCUGGCUUCGUGGUUCCUGUUGUCACCAUUGCCUGGUGCACCUGGAAGACAGUAAUAUCUUUGCAGCACCCACGUGUGGCCUGUGAAGGGGAAGCCGAGAAGCGAAAGGCUCUUCGGAUGGUCUUCUUGUGUGCUGGGGUCUUCUUCAUCUGCUUCACGCCCUACCAUAUAAACUUCCUUUUUUAUACCUUAGUGAAGGAAAAAGUUAUCACUAGCUGCCCCAUUGUUCAAAGCACACACUAUUUCCACCCUUUCUCCUUGUGCCUUGCAAGUCUGUGUUGCUGCUUAGAUCCGAUCCUUUAUUACUUCACGACUUCUGAGUUCCGUGAUCAACUCUCCCGCCAUGGUAGCUCAGUGAUCCGAUCCCGGCUUAUGAGCAAGGAGAGUGGCUCUUCAAUGGUGAGCUAAGUAAGCCCAUCCCCAAAGACUUGCUUUUCUCUCAUAUUCUUUGGCUUGUCCCUAAACCCAGAGAAAUAGCCAAGCUAUAGAUGAAGUUACUGGACACUUAGUAUGGAGGCAGUGGGCAUAGAAGGAGACAGAGAUAGGGUUUGUUUGUCUGGACUGUUUUUGUUGUUCUGAAAUUGAGGACUCUUUUAUUUAAGAGAACAAGAUUAAAGCCUGACAGAUGUCUCAGAUGGAAGAGAGAAGUCAUCUUGUUGAAAAUGUUCUUGGUAAAUUGUGGUAAUUU